UUCUUUUUUUUUUUUCUUCUUCUUUACUUUAUUCCCCUUUCCUUUCUUUACUUUAUAUGAAAACUUUUUCCUUGAAGGCGAUUGUGAUUGCCCUAUUCGCUACAUCGGUAGUGGUUUCUGGCAAGAAUUCCCAUCAUGGUUCUCAUGGUUCUACACACAAAACUCCUCCUACUUCUUCUGCUCCUACAAAAGCAGCUUCUAAUGUGAAACUGGCUGCUUAUGUCACUGAUUGGGCCCUUCCUUCCAAGAUCGCUUGGUCCAAAUUGGAUCAUGUUUACUAUGCUUUCGGUAUUCCUGAUAAAACUGGUGCUCUUGGUUCUUUCGAUACUGCUCAACUUAAAAAUGUUGUCAGUGAAGCUCAUAGUAACAACAAGACUAUCAGUCUUAGUGUCGGAGGAUGGACUGGUUCCCUUCAUUUUUCAACCUUGGUACGUACCUCCGCUUCUCGUGAUGCUUUUGCUGCUAUUCUUGAAAAGGCUGUUGCUGAUUACAACUUGGAUGGUAUUGAUAUUGACUGGGAAUAUCCCAAUAGUCCCAAUGGUGUAGCAUGUAAUUCAAUUAACUCUGCCGAUACUGACAACUUUUUAUCUCUGAUGAAGAAUUUACGUCAACGUUUGGGUGAUAACAAAUUGAUCACAGCUGCUGUAGCCACUGCUCCUUUCUUUGAUAGUAGCCAAAGUCCUUCCUCUUAUCUUGAUUCUUCAUGGGGUACUACUGUUGAUUACUUGAACAUCAUGGUCUAUGAUUUAGCAGGUAUGUGGAAUCCUACAACUAGCUCCAAUUCGGCAUUGAAGAAUGGUGGUGAUGAAGGCAGUGUGGACCAAGCAAUUCAACAAUGGACGGAUGCUGGUUUCCCUGGCAACAAGUUAGUGGUGGGUUGUCCUUUCUAUGGUUAUCUUGCUGCUGUCAGUCAACCGGUCACAGCUAGUUCAGAAAACGUCCCCUUUUCUGGUAAAACUCAAAUCCAAGGUGAUCAAUAUGAUGAAAAAGGUGCUGAUCCUUGUCCUGGUGCUACUGCUACUUAUUCUGGUGAAUACCAAUACCGUUCCAUUGUCGCUGAUGGUAUCCAAAACAAUCAAUCUUCCUGGACUACCUUUUGGGAUGACAAGACUUCCACUCCUUAUGCUUAUAAUUCCGCUAAGAAGACUAUGCUUACCUUUGACAACCCUGCUUCUCUUAAGCUCAAGGCUUCUUAUGUCGUCCAGAAUAAAUUGGGUGGUUUGAUGCUCUGGUCUUUGGAAAUGGAUGAUGCUAACAACUCUUUGUUAUCUGCCAUGCAAGCUGUACGUCAAUAA